AUGUAUUGGCUUUGUCUGGCGGCAUUAGCUGCGGCUGCGGCAGCGCAAAGCUCUUACGACUUAGAACCAAGAGUUUCUUUCCCGGGUAAAUCAUCCAGUUUAGGGCCACUGUACUCGUCUGGCCUUGGCGGUGGUCAAGGUUUCCGCGAUAACAGCUACGAGGAUAACAUUGUAACGCCUACGCCUUCCCCGACGCCUGCCUACAGAAAUCCCAGCAGUCAAUCAUCCGUAAGCAACAACAAUGAGGUUGAAGAAUUAGAAGAGAAAGAAGAGCCCGAUCGUUUGACUCUUCUUUUGCCACAAAGUAAAUUUGAUUGUGUGAACAAGCAAACGGGCUAUUAUGCUGAUGAAGAUCUUAAUUGUGAGGUCUUCCAUUAUUGUCAAGAUAACGCGAGACACUCUUGGAUCUGUCCCGAAGGAUUUACAUUCCAUCAGGUUCACCUGAUUUGUAUGCCCCCGAGCGGUGACAUUAGUUGCAAGAAGAGCUCGCAGUAUCAUUUCGUCAACGAGUACCUCUACAAACCAUUGAACUUGGCUGAAGCUGAGACCAAGCCUAACGUAACCUUGAGAUACAGUGAAAGAUUUUUCCCCGCAGACAUUCACCCGGACGAGCGCGAAGUUGGUGACUAUCAGAUCACUCCCUCUGCGCCUAUUCGCCGUCCUACUCCGCCUGUGUACGCCCAAUCAGCCACGUUGAACAGCAUCCCGUCGUCGGCGCGUCCACAACCAACGGGUCUUCCUCAAUUUCGCUUACCAGUGAACCAAGUUUUUCGUAGCCCCGAGGAAGUCAACAUCCCUCUUCAACAUAGACGACCGCAACCUCAACACCAGACACCUGUGAGAAGAUUCCCUCAAGUACGGCCUGAUGACGAAGAGUAUGAAUAAAUUUCAAUCGGCAUUUUUGAUAAUUAUCACUCAUCGUCGCAAUCAUCAUCACAUUUUUUUUGUCAUUAAUUAUAUUACAUCUGGUGUCAUCAUACAUCUUACGUUGAAAUUACAAGAAAAAAACUACAUUUUGGAAUAAUUAUUAUAUUUAUUCGAAUAAAGUAUAGUUGUAGUCCUAUAAAUUAA